AUGGCUCCCAGGACAGGUACUGGGACCCCACCAGCAUUUGGAGUCUAUCUGGGGCCUGAGUGCCUUGCCGCUCACCCUACACUAGUUCUGACACUCUUUGCCAGUAUGCUGGUGGCGUGUCUUGAGGCUGCUAAACUCCUCAUGGGUUUGCAAGCCCCCUGGAACAUCUCCCAUCCACUCAGCGUGCAACGGCUUGGUGCAGGCUUCCAGAUCGCAGUGGACAAGCUCAACUCAGAGCCCACAAACUUCAAAAACUUCAGCUGGGAGUUCACCUACACAAAUUCAGCCUGCAGUGCCAAGGAAGCUCUUGAUAUUUUGACCAAUCAGGUUCAGAGAGAACAAAUUUCUGCCCUGUUUGGACCAGCAUGCCCAGAAGCAGCAGAGGUUAUUGGCUUGCUGGCUUCUGAGUGGAACAUUCCGAUGUUUGACUUUAUUGGACAAACAGCAAAGAUGGAGAAUGCUAUCUUGUAUGACACUUCUGUGAAGCUUAUGCCACCCAUGCGUACAGUAGGUGAUGUGCUCCAGAAAAUUCUCCAGUACCUGGGCUGGAAAGACAUUGGAGUGUUUGGAGGUCAUUGUCAGACGUCUACCUGGGAUGGAGUGGAUGAGUUGUGGAGGGUAAUAGAGACUGAACUCAAAUCUCAUUUCACCGUCACCACCAGUGUGAGAUGUACUAGUAGUGAUCCGGUUUUCCUUCAAAAGACUCUUAGGAGCAUGUCAUCAAUUGUCAGGGUUAUCAUCUUAAUCUGCAGCUCACAAGAUGCAAAAGUGAUCCUGCAGGCUGCAGAGAGCCUGGGACUCAACACAGGAGACUUUAUCUUCAUCAUUUUGCAGCAGUUAGAGGAUCAUUUCUGGAAGGAGGCAAUGACAAAUCAGAGGGUGAUACACUUCCCCAAAAUCUACGAGUCAGUGUUACUCAUCGCCCUCAGCUUCUAUGAAGACAGCAGUAGAGAUAAAGGCUUCCGGAAGCAAGUCUACCAGAAGCUGAAGAGGCCACCCUUCCACAGCUCCAUCUCUGCAGAGGAUCAGGUGAGCCCAUACUCAGCCUUCCUUCAUGACGCCGUCCUGCUCUAUGCUCAGACUGUGAAGCAGAUGAUCCAGGCUGGGAGUGACUUCCACGAUGGACGGCUGCUGGUCAGCACUCUGAGGGGCUCUAACCAGACUUCUCUGCGGGGAAUCACCGGUCCCAUAUAUGUGGACCUCCAGGGAGAGAGGUGCAUGGAUUACUCCAUUUAUGUCCUACAGAAAUCUGGAAAUGGGUCCCGUUUCCUUCCUUUUCUGCACUAUGAUGGCUAUCAGAAAAUAAUCAGACCCAUGAAGAAUUUUUCCAGUAUUACUUGGCUGCAUGGUUCCCUCUCAGAAGACAAAGCUGGCUGUGGAGUUUACAAUGAGCUGUGUGAGACUAAGCCUACAUUCACAGGUGGAAUUGCUGGCAUCCUCACAAUGAGCUUCCUGGCCACUGUCUUGGGAGUUGUCACCAUAGGCCUGAUUAUAAGGAUACAGAGGCAAAAUAAAGACAUUUUGUGGCAAAUCAACUACAAGGACAUCACCAUUCUGCCCCAGAGCAAGUCACCCCCCAAAGGCACACCUGUGUCAAGACGAAACAGUAGUAGCUCAUCCAGUGUCAUGGUUUCUGGGGACUUCAGUUCCUGUGUCAAGAGCCAGCUAGAGGAAGAACUCUACUAUGCCCCAGUGGGACUUUACCAGGGAAACUGUGUGGCUCUACACUUUGUUGGUGACCAAGCAGAAGCCUGGCUUAGGAAGCCUUCAGUGCUGCAGGAAACCCGGCUGAUGUAUGGAUUAAGGCAUGAAAACAUUAUUCAUUUCUUUGGUAUUUGCGGAGAACCACCCAACAUCUGCAUUGUCACCCAGUAUUGCCAAAAAGGGAGUCUGAAGGAUGUUUUGAGAAAUUCAGACAAUGAAAUGGAUUGGAUAUUCAAGCUUUCAUUUGCAUAUGACAUAGUCAAUGGCAUGCUGUUUCUCCACAGGAGCCCACUGAGGUCCCAUGGCAACUUGAAGCCUUCCACCUGCCUUGUGAACAGUCGGAUGCAGGUGAAACUGUCUGGAUUUGGACUGUGGGAAGUCAAGUUUGGUCAGGCAUAUAGGAUAGUUAAUGGGAAGUCAACAGACUAUGCAGCGCUCUACUGGACAGCCCCCGAGCUGUUAAGGCUUCCACAGGUACCUUGGUCCGGCACCCCAGAGGGAGAUGUCUACAGCUUUGCCAUUCUCCUGAGGGAGCUGCUCGUGCCCCAGGAUGACGGGCCUUUUGGUGACCUCAGCGCAGGACCAGAUGAGAUCAUCAGCCGAAUCAAAGAUCCUGUAGCAUCAAUUCCACUUCGACCUUCCCUGCCAGAGGAAAAGGGUGAUGAAAAGAUCCUGUCGAUGGUCAGGCUGUGCUGGGAUGAAUCUCCAGAGAAAAGGCUCAAUUUCCACGCCAUCAAGAGGAUUUUACGUGAUGCCAGUCCCAAAGGCCACAGGAACAUACUAGACAGUGUGGUGAACAAGCUGGAAUUGUAUGCCAAUCACCUGGAGGAGGUGGUGGAGGAGAGGACCAAGCAGCUGGUGACUGAGAAGGAGAAGGUGGAAAAACUUCUGUACACAAUGCUGCCCAGAUUCAUUGGGGAACAGCUCAUAGCUGGAAGGUCCGUGGAACCUGAGCAUUUUGAGGCUGUGACCAUUUUCUUUUCUGACAUUGUUGGGUUCACAAAACUAUGUUCUCUCAGUUCCCCUUUGCAAGUUGUCAAGCUCCUGAAUGACCUAUACAGUCUAUUUGAUCACAUCAUCAAAGCUUAUGAUGUGUAUAAGGUUGAAACCAUUGGAGAUGCGUACAUGGUGGCUAGUGGCCUUCCCAUCCGGAAUGGGAUCCAGCAUGUGGAGGAGAUCGCCACAAUGUCUUUGCACUUCCUCAGUGCUGUCAUUCACUUCCAGAUCAGACACAUGCCCAAGGAGAGGCUCAAGCUCCGGAUUGGCCUUCAUACAGGUCCUGUGGUGGCUGGCGUGGUGGGAAUCACUAUGCCCAGAUACUGCCUGUUUGGGGACACUGUGAAUAUGGCAUCCAGAAUGGAAAGCAGCAGCUCCCCUCUCCGGAUUCAUGUCUCUGACAGCACUGCAGGUACCCUGCUGGCAUUGGGACGGUACCAUUUACAGAAGAGAGGCACCAUUCCAGUCAAGGGCAAAGGAGAACAGACAACUUUCUGGUUGAAAGGCAAGGAAGGCUUUGCUUUUCCACUCCCCGCAUUUACUGAGGAAGAAGUGAAAAUCCCAGAGACCUUGUGAGGUAUUUGCAGUAAAUAAUUUUUAAAUAUUAUCUUCAUUUAUUUAUUGGGUAGAGACAGCCAGAAAU